AUGUCCGAAUAUCCAAAUCCGCAAGCCCAUGCCCGCGAGCAAGAUCUCGCCGGGAGAGUUGCGAUCAUCACAGGCGCGAGUCGAGGCAUCGGUUAUGCGAUUGCGCUUCACCUUGCUAGGCGGGGUGCCGGCAUUUUGGCGACCUCCACAGGCGCCAGCACGCAUAUCGACAAGCUGCGGGACGAGGUCAGCUCUGCCUAUUCACGCUCCGAUACGCAGCGUCCGAAAGUGGUGCAUCUUGUUCUCUCCCUGACGGAUCUUGAAGCACACCGCAAGAUCGCAAAUGCAGUUCAGAGCGAAUUUGACGGCUACACAGACAUAUUCAUCAACAAUGCCGCAGUGGCUGACCGCACAUACCCUGCUGAGCUCGAGGAAGAGACAUUAGACAGAAUUCUGCUAUGUAACAUCCGAACGCCGGCGAUGAUCGUGGACGAAUUGGUGAAGCGACGAUGCUUCAGGAGGGAAAGCAGAAUUAUCUUCAUCAGCAGCGCUGAGAGUGUCAACUGCGACCCUUCAGUCACCAUCUACGCCUCGACGAAAGCAGCGAACGAAGCAAUGGUUCGCUGCUAUGCCAAUGCGUUUGGCGGGAAGAAUCCUGCGUUUGACUUCAUGGCCGGAAGCACCGCGAACAGCGUGUUCACGGGUCUCACGGACACGUCGGGACCACAGCAGUUUGGACCGAAGUUGUGGCAGGAAUUGCAAGAGUUUUGGGUCAGUAGACAGGCCAUUCCACGGCUGGCCAACCCUGAUGACGUGGCAGACGUGGUAGGAUUUUUGUGCGGCAGAGAUGGCAGAUGGGUCACAGGAAGCAAAGUCAGUGCAAAUGGAGGAAGUAUUGCAGUUUUCUAG